AUGAGUACUCCUUCGACAGCGGAGUUCUACUCCUCGAUAACCACCUUUCUGCAGUGUCUCAACUUGACCACGAAAUUUGAGGGUCAAGUCCCGAACGAGUUCCAGAUAAUAACCCAUGCAGAAGAGAAUGAUGGAGUUUUUAUUCGAUACACGUACAAUCCGUCCGAGAAAAAUGUGACGUAAGUGGGACGCGGGUGCAAAAUUUCAAUUUUAUGUGCUAGAAUUCAUCUAGUAAGUAGGCGACCCUACUUUUGUGCAGUUUUUUAGUUCGAGAGGGAGGUAUUUUGCUGCGUUUUUCAGACUUGCCGGAUGCAAAAUGGUACGUCUUGUGCCACCGGAUUAGGUUCGCCACUGUAUCUUUGCUUCGUUGGUAGAUUCGGAGCUGAAGUUCUGAGGGAUUAAAAUGUGACGCAUUCAGGGUGCGCGCGGUAAACUUGAGAAAGAUUUAUCAACAUCAAAUGUUACUUUCAGUGACGAGAAACUGGACUUGGUUGACAAACAGACAGGCUUGGAAAGUUACCGCUUUCACUUGGCGCUGGAAGAAGACAAGUUUCUCACCGGAGUUUCUGGAUCCAAUGAUUCAAGGUGGGGCUUUAUCUUUAAAAUAUUUUUUUUUUGUAGGGAAUGCCUGGUUUUUGAUAAGAAAACCAAAAAUGUUGAUUUUUUAGUACUAUGUAGAUUUUUACACAAGAAAAGAGAACAGGGGGGCCAAUACAGAGAGCCGACCUCUGCACGCCUUUGAGGUGACUAGACAUGGCUACCGGCUGGGUCGGCCCGGAAUAGUUAAAAUCCAUAAUCUCGAAGCGAAAAUUGGGUUUGCUAAUGAAAAUAAACGCAAUCUCAAAACACAAUUGGGUUUUUUAAAGGUAUUUUUGUUUUUAAAUACCUACGGAACACAGUAUUUAUCCAUUUACAUGACAAUAAAAAAAAUUGGUCGUAACGAGCUAGACUUGGGAAGACUUUUGUUUCAAUGGACCGGGCCGAAGCAAAUUUGAAACGGAUCGGGCCGGCCGACGAGCCAACUCAUUUGUGAAUUUGCAGGAUUUGCCCCGUUUUCAACAAAGCUUUCGAGGAAACGUACUGCUUGAGAGAUUCAUUUUUCGAAAUUUUGGGGCAUGAUUUGGUGAGGAUUGCGUGUGCCUCGGAUGUACCGAAUCUCUCGUUCAAUUUGAACGGAACGAUGCUUGAACCGUACACACCCGAAGCCGCAAAACAGUUCAACUGCGAGAGCAAGCUAGCAGCGUUCGGAGAUAAGAUUGUCUUCAAAAAUAAUGGAGAGGACGUCUGCAAAGAAAUAAAUUGGGCUGCGGAUCACGUUUGGAAAGCGUCGGAAUGCGCAAAGGACGAUGAAUACAAGUUGAAUUCAAAGAACGUCCUACUUUUUCCAUUAGUAAGUCAAAAAAACGGGUCCCGACUUUUCGGGUCAGGGAGAGAUCGGGUCAACGACAUUCCGGGUUAACGAUACCGUUUAACUUUUUCGCUUCGGGACUGGAAAAAAGAAUAUUUUGAAGAAUUUGAACAAAAUUUUCACGUUUACAUAUACGUGAAUCGUCCUAUCUUAACAGUCAACAGCGGAAUAGUUCAUCUAAAAAAAUCCAGAAAUAACAUUUUUACUCUACUCUUUAAAGGAAAAUUGUGACGUACAGAUCGGUUAUCCACAAAAAAAUCUUUGUUUUCUUUUCCCGAAGCGAAAACGUUUCAAAAUUUUGUUAAAUUUUCACAAAAAUUCUUUUUUCCAGUCCCGAAACGAAAAAAUUAAACGAUAUCGUUAACGCGAAAUGUCGUUGACCCGAAACGCCGUAGCGCCAAAAAAUUGUUUUUGUUUAUUUGUAAUCUAAAUAAUUCUUGUUUUCAGAACUACAUUCUUAUUAAAUUUUCGGCGGAAGGAUGUAAUCCACCUGGUCCUGAGGUAUCCGAUUAUUUGAACAACACCUACGUCAAGUACCUGUACUAUCCGAACGAAAGAUCGUGGGUCCUUCGUUUUCUGUGAAUUAUAUUUUUUAGAAGUUCCGAGAAUGUGACGAUUGCGACGGUCCAAGAUGAAUCCCCGAAUUGGGCGCUGAUAGGAGGAGGCAUUGGCGGGGCGCUGGUGUUCCUCUUACUGCUGAUAGUGCUGGCCAUUUUUCUAAUUCGACGAUACAGCAAAAGGCAAUAUAGGUAAGCAAAGUUAUGAAGAGUCGUAGUGGGACGAUUGGGGAAACCGAAAAGUAUUCCCCAUUUUCUGUCGACCAAAUAUGAAAAAAUCGGCACGAAAGACGGUCGGACUACGUCUAGAGGACCGUCAGCCUCCAUUUUAUGCAAUAAUAUUAGGUUGUAUAAUAUGUUAUGACCAUUUUCUUGCAAACGUUUGAAGUCGAUUAUUUCCUAGCUCAGAUCCCUCCUUAGUUCAGCAUACUUAUAGACUAAUAGAGGGCUUAUCGAAGUUUCAUCUAGUGCGUAUUGCAAAGUCUUACGGCAUAGCCGCGAUUUUCUAUUGCUAAAACCUCGGAAGUGCCCCGAUUUUGGCUGGGUACGAAACAACUCAAGUCACGUCUCUCUGCCAGCCGCUGCUGGUCUCAGAUUGGUGUUAUUAUAAUCUUCAAGGGUCGGAAAAGACGCUGACACAGCAUCGUUGCAAGGUAGCAGUGACAACUCAUUUUAUGAGCUGUUUUUCCGGAAGGUUACCGAAGCCGUCGCCUGAAAAAGCGUCUAAAAAGUUUAGCGCCCGGGGCUUCUAUUGUCUAUUGUUAUAACUCGUAGUAAUACGAGAUCACAUGCCUGUUGUCACACCAGACAAAUUUUGGAGCAUGCAAUAAUUGGAAUCUCCAGAAAAAUCUAAGAAUUAGCAGAAUUUUGGAUCAUCCAAUUAAAUUUCAAUUUUUUAGAACUUAACAGCCGCAAACUCAAAGAACAUAUACUGUCGUUUUCGCCGAGGUAUAUAGCGUAUAUAACCGCCAAAAACAGUUCCUCACAAGAUGGCGCUAGCGCGUACUUAAUAAAAGUUUUGAACUCUAGUCCAGCGGCCCUCAAAAUGUAACGAUUUUAAUGAAAUUCCUUAUUGUCACCUGAUACAAGCAGUUUCUGAUUUGAGUAGGUUAUCAAAAAGCAACUCAUAAGUGACUCUUUACAGCUGAACCACGUUAUUUAAGGUGAGAUUAAUUCGAAACGAAUCAGGGUUCAUAACAAUGAAGGUAUACCUCAAUUUAUAUUUUGAAUAGUAAAGCUCAGGUAGGGGAGAUAGAGUUGAUCCAGUGCAGCGUAUGUAAAAGGGACGCCUAGAAUGUCCUACAGAAGCAUUGUCAUUACUAGCCUCUCAGAAUUCUCAGAUUUAAGGCGUAUUUUUGUUUUAGCACCUUGGGAUGCCCUCAUUUCUUAAUUUCUUUUCUCCGGUGUUUUAGCCGGAGGCCGAUGUGCUACUGGUUCCUGUAAUCUACUGUCUCCACCCUACCCAGCGGUAUGCUAUUCAACUCUGAAAAAAGCAUCAUUAAAGUUUUAGGAAUUUUAGAAAAUUAUGGUCAUAACUUAUUAUACAACCUAAUACAUCCGGUUUGACAAAAUGUACGCUAUGUCAUAAUGACACAUUUUCUGUAACUCUUAUUUUCUGAAACUUUAAACGGCUGGUUCUGCCCCAGGAGACACUCUAUAGUGUUCAUAGGUUCAUUCGAACGGCAAUGGAAAGCACUUCUAAAUAAAAGCUUCAAACUUUGCCGCACUAUGAAAAAAUUUUGAGAAAUCUAAGCUACUCUAACUUUUGAUCCAAAGAAUCAAUUUUUUCUUGCCUUAGGCAAAACUUUAGAAAAACGUUGUCAACAGGUAACUAGCUCAGAAUAACGAUACCAAUCCAUCCGAACCACCCCCGACUCUCUGGCAUGUCUAAUCUUUGUGAUACAAAAUUUUCGAUAAAAGUGCAGUACAAAAAAAAAUAGAAAUUCCAAAUUUUUUUGUUUUGUUAGUGUACUAACUGGGUUGAAUUUCAGCCCUGUAGGACCAACUUGGAAAAAAUGUGCCAAGGCACAUCAACCACAAAAAAAAAGUUUUGAAUCGCGAAAACUGUUUGCAUAACUUUGCUAGGGUGCCCAAGAGUAGCUCAAAUUAAGAAUUGGAACCGAGUCGGACAGACCAAAAAAAAGUAGAUUUGAAAACCUUAUUUUAGACAUCUUUUGCUACUAAAUUGUUUCGUAACGAAGCAAUUGCCUAAAUUCUUUUUUCUAUGAGCAUAAUUAGAGUAGUUUUAGAGAAAAAUAAGCAACCCUGUGUCAUAUACUAGCUUACUCACUCAAAAUCCAAAAAAACUGAUAUUUAGGUGACUAAAAUAAUAUUUUAAAAAUCGGUAAAUUUUGACUCAGCUAGGUCCACUAUGAUCUAAAAAGACAAUAAGAGCAUAAUUAGUGGCAUCCGCACAAGUUUAGAAGCUGUUCUAAGAACCUUGUUUUAGGUGGUAUUGGCCAUUUUUGAAAUUGGCGCAGCGAAGUUGAAACCUUGUUCAUUACCCACUGCACAGUAAGCUAAAACAUUAGAGACCCUUAAAAGACCGAAUGCCAAAAAUCUUGGCAUUCUGUUUAUGGUUGAUGUGCAAGGGGUUCUCUCGCGAACCUUGUUUUAAAGGGCCUGUACAGCUACUUUGAAAAGCAAUUUUCUCGGCUUGGGGUGGCGUUCUGAUAUAACGUUUGUUUUCGUGGCGGGACGCACUGACAAACUCGGUGCGGCUUUUUUUGAUCCAAAAUGAGGUGUAUAAGGUACAUUUUCAAGCGUUAUAUGGCGACAAUUUGUUGUUUUUGCAUGGCGAAGUGGUAAGUCGUUGUUUUGAAAGAUUUUUGAUUGCAUUUUUAGGUGGUUUUUAUGUUGUAGAUGGUUUUGAACCAACCCGCUCUUAAUACUAUUCAUCUUGUACUCUGUAGUAUUAGAAAGGGUAUUACAUUCUUAUUUGCCGUACUUUUUCGACGGAGUGGCGCUAUGAGCCAUCUCCGACCUUGUACAUGAGAUAAAGAUUGGUUUUGAAUAAAAUGUCAGUCAGGCUGUUUUUUGGGCAUUAAACUUGCCAAUGCUGUUAAAUUAUACAGUGUGCAUCUACUUAAUGAAAAAAGUAGCUUGCUCUAUGAUCUCGAGUAUUUUCUUGGCAUAUCAUCUUCAACAAGUAGUUACCGUAACAAUUUGUACCCCGAAUUACCAAGAGGAAUGGACGAAAAUCACAAAAUUUGAUAUGCAAAUUUGAACGCAGCGUGCCUGAAAACGUAAUGCUACAAUCAUUAGCCGUUUCAGAAUAAAUCGGGUCUGUUAAGUUGGUUCUACAAAAAAGUUCCGAAAAAUAGGCCAAAAUAGGCUUGCUUUUACCCAUUUUUCCUUGAACCAACCACCUGCGGCAGAUAGAACAUUUAAGCAAGAAGUAAGAUACGGCUAUAGGUUUGUUAACAUGCUGAGUUUGAUUUUCGGGGCAAAAAGUUCCCAUAGAUAGUAAUUUUCUGUACUUUAGGGCCUUUGAAGGUUACUGUAGAAGGUAAACGGUAUCUUAGAUGACUUAAAAGGUCGAUUAAAUGACUUCAAACUAAUCGGUAUCGGUUUGUUUUACAUCUUGCAUUUGGUACAAGUAGUCUAAGUUGUUUCUUGCCGAAAAUAAAUCACUAAUCGGAAUUUUUUUUAAAACCAAUGUUUACCUGAUGUACAAGGACGGAGAUGGCUCGUGGGGCCACUGCGUCGAUAAAGUACGGUAGAUCCGAAUGUAAUACCCUUUCUAAUACUACAGAGAACACAAGGAAUGGUAUUAAGGGCAGGUUGGUUUAACUAUUUUUUUAGCCUUUUAUUUUAUGUUAAUUCAGUUAAUAGAAUAUAAAGAAGCUAGAUUUUCAAUUUCUGAUGGAGUGUAUGGUAGAAUUUUUUAUUUGUCUACCGGAUUUCAUGGGUUUCAUGUUUUGUGUUUACAAAUACAAAUAAAUUUUUUAUUACUUUCAUUUUCUUAAUCUCUUCAGAAUUAUAUUUUAAAUAAAAUAAAAAAGUCGAAAAUUUUAGAUUAAUAUUUUUAAUUUUUUUAACAAUUAAAACAGCUUUUUUGUAAGGGUCGAGCUAGCUGUGCACAUGAAACAGGAUGUCGCAGCAGAGUCGUGAAACAGUAACCAUAGGUUUCCCUAAUCACGAAUAUUAAAUUUCAGAAAAAAAAAUUUUGAUUAUUGGCCUACUGUAGGUGUACUGUAGCUUUCCCGCAUUCCCGGAUCUCAGCUACAAGAGGUCGGGUUGUAUCCGGACCUUCUCUGAAUCAUAGAAUGGACAAUUCUAAGCAUCUUUCAUGUUGGGCACUUUUUCCUAUCUGUGCCGGAAGUAUUCUAAAAAUUUGCAUAAUUGUCAAAAAAUUCACAUUUUUCAAAUUUUAUAGAAAAAUUUGCAUAAUGGCAUGACAUUUUUAUUACCCUAAAAGAUGCUCCGUGAUGUGGCAAUUCAAACGGUAUAUAGAUCACCGCAAGGGGUUCUGCCUAUGUUGCAAACGGGUCGUCUAAAUAUUGGAUCAUCAGGAAUUCAAUUUUUCUGAACGUCAAAUUUUGUCAAAAAAAUGUGGUGUUUGGUAUGACCAAAGAUUGUAUUGGACUUCAAAGUGGUUCCAAAGUAAAAAUAUGUAAUUUUAUGACAAAAUAAUGUUAUAAAUCUUUAAAAGACGAGUCAGUGGACAUAGGAAAAAAUCAAUUUUGAAAUUUUUGCAUUAAAACGACCGUCGAUAGAUGCUAAGCAAAAGCGAAGGACGUUUUUUGCCUAAUCCUCCAUUAAGAUAUAUUUUUUACAAUUUACUGUUUUUUAAGUAAUCGCUUAUAGUUGUCGUAUUUUAGCUCUGAAUACAACAAUUUUAAGCUUACUGAUGUUUUCGACCAUUGCUAACACGACGGAGCUAUUAUUUUUUUUCGUUUCCUACUGUAACUUCCCGUGAUACAGUAUUGGCCGAAAAAAAACGGCCGUAAAAUCUUUGUUUCUAAAAACCCCCAGCUGAUGUUAAUCAGCGUAAAAUUCUGCUCUAGAUGCAAUCAAAAAAAGUGCAAAAAGUGGUACGACAAAUUUCGUGGUGUAGUGGUUAGUGGGCGGGACUACCAUUCCAGCGUCCCGGGUUCGAUUCUGGCUGGGUGCAGAUGUCAAAAAAAUUCCGCAAAUCAAUUUUUUAAUUACCUAUUUUUACUUUGGAACCACUUUGAAGUCUAAUACAAUCUUUGGUCAUACCAAACAUCAAAUUUUUUUGACAAAAUUUGACUUUAAUUCCUGAUGAUCCAAUAUUUAGACGACCCGUUUGCAACAUAGGCAGAACCCCUUGCGGUGAUCUAUAUACCGUUUGAAUUGCCACAUCACGGAGCAUCUUUUAGAGCAAUAAAAAUGUCAUGCCAUUAUGCAAAUUUUUCUAUAAAAUUUGAAAAAUGUAAAUUUUUUGGCAAUUAUGCAAAUUUUUAGAAUACUUCCGGCACAGAUAGGAAAAAGCGCCCAACAUGAAAGAUGCUUAGAAUUGUCCAUUCUAUAAUUCAGAAAAGGUCCGGAUACAAUCCGACCUCUUGUAGCUGAGAUCCUGGAAAUGCUGGAAAGCUACAGUACACCUACAGUAGGCCAAUAAUCAAAAAAAAUUUUUCUGAAAUUUAAUACUCGUGAUUAGGGAAACCUAUGGUUACUGUUUCACGGCUCUGCUGCGACAUCCUGUUUCAUGUGCACAAGGCAAAUCUGAAAGCUCGAGUCUUUCGCAAAACCUGUUUUAAGCACUUAAAUUUAAAUUAAAAAUUAUUUAUUUUUUUUACUAACAAGGGAUCGGCAAAUAGUUGUAACCUGCUUUCUUAACGAAGCCUAUAUCAUUUGAAAGAGGAUUAAAAAUAGUUCACAGCGCAAAAAGAACUAGCUGCCUAAAUUCACUUUGGACAAAGUUAUGGCCAAAAUACAGAUUUUAGCCUAAUUUCCGCCUCGCUUUAUAAACUCUCGGAAUGGCAACAGAGUUGUGUCCAGUUGGUCGAGUGGUAGUGAGCCCACUUUCGGCGCAGCGAGUCCUGGUUCUGAAUCCGGUCUCUCUAAAUAUUUUGCGUUUCUUCUCUUAUACACUGCUCGACAAAAUUAUAAAUGCACUUUAAAAAUCGCUUUAACUUUUGUGGUUGUCAAUGAAAUUGUGCCAUAUUUGGCUCCAAUAUGUACUAGUGUACUAUAAAUCUUGUGCCAAAAAAUUAUUUUGGAAACUUUCCACAAUUUGGAAAAAAGUUGAAAAAACCGAAAUUUUGGUGAUUUCCUUUGCGACAAAAUUAUAAAUUCGCGCAAUAUUUUGCAAUUUUCUAGCCGUUGGUGCUGAAGCAAAGUAAGUAAUUGGGCUUAGUAGUAUCCUUAGGGGUCCUUCUGUCAUGCUACGAGGAAAAAUGAUGGCAGAAUUUGAGAAGGGCGAAGUUACGGCCCUGAAACGGCAAAGACCUUGGGUUUGGCAAAUUUCGGCUCAGGUAGGGCGUUCUGCCGAAGUUGUGACGAACUACUCGGUUCACUCGGAAGUCCUCAACACAUCUAAACGUUCUGGCAAAAAAGGUUCACCACCGCGGCAGAAUUAAGGCAGAGAAAUCCGCCGAGCUUCCAACUCCACCUUCUCUGGGUAUCAUAUACAUAGAGCAAGAAACAGGUCUCAAUUGUAGCAGCAUGGCUAUGCUAAAGGCCCUGGGACACAGCGGUGUCAUCACUGGACGUCAUGUAAAAUCAUGCUUCAAGCUGGCCUAGGUUCGGUAAGCGCGCGACCGAAAUUGGCCAAGGUGAGACUUUGACAAAACAGGUCCUCCAACAUUACGGCACGGAAAGUAACGCGGUUCUCUUCUGAUAUAAUGACAGUGAUAUGUGCUAUGUGUGAAAGCGUCGAGGAUAUCGGCUGGCCAUGCAAUCUCCAAGGAAUUCCUUACUGCAACGAUGAUAAACCUACCCUUGACUACUCAACCUGUUUUGUCAAAGGCACCUUGGCCAAUUUCGGUCGCGCACUAACCGAACCUAACCAUCUGGGGGAACGACGUCAUAUGACGUCCAGUGAUGACAUCGCUGCGUCUUAGGGCCCUCAGCAUAGCUAUCCUGCUACAAUUGAGACCUAUUUCUUGCUUUAUAUGAGACCCAGAGAUGGUGGAGUUGGAAGCUCGGCGGAUUUCAUUGCCUUGACUCCGUCGCUAUGGUAAACCUUUUUCGCCGGAACGUUUAUGUGUGUUGAAGACUUCCGAGUGAACCGAGUAGUUCGUCACAACUUCGGCAGAACGCCCUACCUGAGCCGAAAUUUGCCAAACCCAAGGUCUUUGCCGUUUCAGGGCCGUAACUUCGCCCUUCUCAAAUUCUGCCACCAUUUUUCCUCGUAGCAUGACAGAAGGACCCCUAAGGAUACCACUAAGCCCAAUUACUUACUUUGCUUCAGCACCAACGGCUAGAGAAUUGCAAAAUAUUGCGCGAAUUUAUAAUUUUGUCGCAAAGGAAAUCACCAAAAUUUCGGUUUUUUCAACUUUUUUCCAAAUUGUGGAAACUUUCCAAAAUAAUUUUUGGGCACAAGAUUUACAGUACAUUAGUACAUAUUGGAGCCAAAUAUGGCACAAUUUCAUUGACAACCACAAAAGUUACAGCGAUUUAUAAAGUGCAUUUAUAAUUUUGUCGAGCAGUGUAUGCCACAAAACCAUGGUAUGUUGACAUUUUUUAAUAAUUUUUGUUCCUCCGCGGACAAAAUCCAUGGUUACGCAAUUUUUCUGAGUUUUUGAAUUUUUUUGAAACGACCACAAAUUUGAUGGUGAUGAGAGUGGGUAUGUCACUAUCGUAUAAUUACAAGGGUGUUGUGCCAGUAACCUGACCGAUUAUGAUUACUGGAGGAUAAUUCAAUUUACAAGGGCCUAUAAAUAUACAUUUUAUCAAAAAAAUACGAAGAUAAAAUUGUAAAAUCGGCCAAAGACACUAUUGCUGACACACUGGACCAACCAUUGGUAAGGCUAGGACAUAAGAAAUUUUCGUUUGUGAAUGACCACGACGAUCAUAUAAAUGUAUUUCCAAAGCUUUUUGCUCCAAUUUUCCCUUUAACCUAGUUUUAUUUACAAUUUACUGUAACUAGCAGUAAUGUCUAAUAACAUAUAACCGAGGAUUGGUAAAGCCAUAAAACGACCGUGAUAGACGUUUUUGGAUACCAGGAAAUUAAUAAAGACGAUUUCAAACCGCCAGGAUUACUGUAAUAUAAGGAACCGGCGUUUUGGCCGCAUAUAACCCCUUUCAAAAAGCUGUCGUAUCUAUGCCCUAAGGUAAUUUAGGCCGCUAUUUUUUUGCGCUGUGCACUAUUUUUAAUGCUCUUUCAAAUUAUAUAGGUUUCGUUAAGAAAGCAGGUUACAACUAUUUGCCGAUCCCUUGUAAGAUAAGUCUGUGAAAAUUUUUUUUUGUAAAAAUUAAUAAUUUCUUUAUAAAAAAAUUUUAAAAUAUUUAAAAAAAAAAUAUUUUAAAAUUUAAAAAAUCGCCAUAACGUCAGAGUACUGAAGUCAAAUCGGAUGAAACUUUGCAUAGCGUAUUCUCAAAGGUUGGUUAACACUUGUGUAAAAUUUCAUGGCAUUUGAGAAAAAACCCCCCGAGAUACGAUCAAAAAAUGGGGUGGAACCAAAAACCUGGGACGCACUGUAUGUCUAUUUGCAGACAUCGCGCAUUAUAUGUCAGAUUUGAUUUCUCCACCGCAAUGGAAACCACCAAGAAGUGUACGGAGGGGUUCGAUGUAGUCAAGCUGAAAAGUGGGAUGAAACUCGUCGUCCCGGUGAGUUGUUUGACUCUUUGAGUUUGACUUGUAUUAUAAUAUAUAAUGUAUAAUGAUUUUUUUUCAGAAAAUCAUUGAUAAUGCCGAGGUGAAGCGGAUGGUCGCCCAAGGCGAAUUCGGAGCAUUUUACGAAUACGAAUACAAGGGGACAUCGUACUGGUACAAGUUGGAGGCAAAGCUAGGCCCCAAAUACAAGCAACCGCUCGCCUGCGAGAGCGGCGUCUACCAGCUGAUGGACAAGAAUUCCAAGAGCCCAGACAAACAGUAAGUUGGAUGACCCCAAAACCGUUUGUUUCAGAUUCAUCUACAUUGGCAGCAUGCUCAGCAGCUGCCAAUUUUCUGAAGGCGUCUACUGCAUGCGGGUCGAAAAUUAUGGCCCGAACAUUCGCGAGAUGCGCCAAGGACAACUCAUGGCUCCGUUCGAGGCGCAAAAACUCUUCUUCCAGUUGCUUUACUGCAUGAAAGCGCUGAUCAACUACGGGAUUUGCCAUAGGUACAUCAAGGAGAGCGCAUUCUACGUCAAGAAAGACCGAAAUAGGUAUCGGGUGAGUGCAUGUUGAGUUUGUAUUCUCCCUAAAACUUUUUUCUACUCCCGAUGCGAAAAGAUUUCAAAAUUUUGUUGAAUUUUCCAAAAAAUUCUUUUUUUUCCCAGUCCCGAAGCGAAAACACUUCAAAUUUUUUUCAAAUUUCACAAAAAAUCCUUUUUUUUCAAGUCCCGGAGCGAAAACAUUUCAAAUUUUAUUCAAAUUUCACAAAAAUUUUUCUUGCAGUUCGUCAUUACUGACUUCGGAUAUGCAAUUCGCAUCGGCUCGGAACGCUCGGCGUUCUAUCCAAUCCCCGAAACGGCAACCACUCACAUCCACGCGAAGAAGGCGUUGAAGUCGGAGGACACGGAGAGCCUUCUCUACAUGGUAUUGGGCAUGAUGGCUCCUCUGCCUUGGGCGGGAAUGAAAAAAAUUGAGGAAGUCACGAAGGUCAAGUUAGAGUGUACCGACGAGAACUCGAUUCCCGAAGAAUUCUUCGACAUCAAGGAGGCUGUGACCUUGUGUCUGCUGAGGGGGCUCUACACGGAUGAUUUGGAGAUGGAAAACGUGGCCACGGGCAUCCUCAGAUAUUACUUUUUGGUAUGUGGAAUUUAAUUUUUUUUACAUGCGAAUUGGUUUUUAAGCGCAUUUUAUAUUUUGAAAAACUUUCAGGUCGGACCGUUGGACGAGCUCCAUCUUCCUGUGCGUUUCCCCAAUGAUAAUUUCAAGUUGAUGGGCACGUUCAAGUCGUAUGACUAUUAA